AUUGGGUUUUGUGGGAUCUCAUUGGGUUCCCAUCCCAUUUCUCGGGUCCCCAUUGUGUUUUGUGUUGCCUUUUGGGGUCCCCUUCCAACUUCUCGCCCUUCUGUGUGUUCUGCGCCCUACGGGGCGCCCCAUAAGCGCCCUUUUUCCCCCCCCCCCAUGGUGCAGGGGUGAAGGUGAUGUUCCGUGUGGGGCUGGUGCUGCUCCGCCUGGCUUUGGGGUCCCCCGAAAAGCUGCGCAGCGCCCAGGGGAUGUUUGAGACCAUGGAGCUCCUGCGCAGCGUGCCGCCCCCCGGCCUGCAUGAGGACGUCCUGGUGCACCAGGUGACGUCCCUGCCGGUGUCGGAGGCGCUGAUCGAACGCGAGCGCGGGGCGCAGCGACGGCGCUGGACCGAAACCAGGGGGGAGAUGAUGAGGCCGCCCCCCCCCCAGCGCGGCCCCUAUGGGGCCAGGGGGGUCCGCAUGCAUCGGGGGGAGCCGUGAAC